GAGCCGGUGUUUGAAAAACAAAGCAGAAGUGUAUUAAUCAAUAUUUUGUGCAGUUUUAGAUCCAGAUUAUUUACGAGAGUACCAUCAGCAAUGGCUUCAAGAUCAUACCAAUAUCGGAAGCGUCGUCGCUUUAUGGAAGAAGUUGAGAGAGAAAUAGAGAAUGAGAUCAAUAAUAUGGAGACUUCCUCACCUGUCAUGGUUCCGGCAUCGACAAGCAGGAUGUUUAACGAAUUGCAUAGUACUGAUAGCAACUUAGGUGGGAAUGUAGAGUGUAGCUUUAGCAUAGAUGUAGAUACUAACAAUACUAACAAUGACAGCGCUGCAACUGUUGACGAAAAUAAUUUGGAUGAUAUAGAAGAUGAACAGGAAGAAUGUGCUGAAGAUUUGUAUGAUGCUUAUAACUAUUUGAAUGAUUUUCAAAGUUUAAAAGAAGCUUUGAGAUAUUUGACAAUAAUGGGUCAUCUAUCUCGCAACUUUCUCAACUUGCUUCUUGCAAUUUUAAGAAAAUUUGGUCAUCCUGAACUUCCUAAAGAUGGUCGUACUUUACUAAAAAUUCCUAAAGUUAGCCAAGAGAUUCAGCAUAUAGCAGGUGGACAAAUGUGAUACUCAGGGAUAGAAGUUGGCCUUCGAAAUUAUUUUAGGAAUCAUGUUCCAGAGGAAAAUAAGUUUUCGUUACAUAUUUUUAUUGAUGGGCUUCCUCUCUUCAAAAGUAGUGCUACACAAUUUUGGCCAAUUCUUUUUAAAGUAAAAGAAAUUCCCGAUUGCCCGGUAAUGAUCGCAGGUGUAUUUUGUGGUCAGAAAAAAACCUACUGACUUAGAGCCUUAUUUGCGACAGCUCGUAAAUAAAUUAAACAAUUUGCAAGUAAUAGGCAUGCUGUUUGGAGAGAAAGUUGUAAAAAAAUUUGCCAAGGCUUUUGUCACCGAUACCCCUGCGCGGGCCUUUAUAAAAUCGGUAAUGUACUUUCCGGCAAAACAUGGGUGCACGAAGUGUACUCUCGUUGGAGAGUUUGUAAAACCGGAGCGCAAAGUAAUAUUUUGUUCACCACAACCUGCUCCACCACGUACAGAUGAAAGUUUUCGACAAAGACACGAUAUAGAGCAUGUUAAACAAAUUCGAUCUCCUUUAGAAGAGAUUGGUGGAUUAGAUAUGAUCAAAAGUUUUCCCACUUCUGAUCGACUUCAUCUUAUCGAUAUUGGCAACACUCGUAAAUUUUUGUACGGCCUUUUUCAUCAUUAAUUUCUAAGUUUUGUAAUAUGGUCUAGUGAACACAAGAAAAAUGCCUUUCACUUUUUUUUGUGCGCACGAGCAAACCUCCGGACUCAUCGACUCCGAGUCCGGAUCAGUCACUCAUCACUCCGGAUCACUCCGGAUUACUCCGGAUCAC